ACGAAGGAGAACAAGAACACAGCUAACUAUCACGUCAAAAACCUCUAUCUACGCCGAAGAAACCGAAAUUUUGUUUGUCACGGGUUUUUUACGAAAAAGGACAGGAAAGCUAAGAACCCGCUGCGAAGACUCGAAAGCCGGAGGAGAAAAUCACAGCCUUCUGAACGACUUCUUAAGCCGUUGUUGGAAACCGUUUGUUUUGGACAACGGGGUAAAGAAGUACGACGAAAAUGGCGAAGGUCAUUGACAUCAAAGAGAAGGACGCGGAGAACCCCAUGCCCGCGGGAAGCACCAGUGGCUUCAAGUUCCAGCAGGAGUCGCAGGCGCUAUCCUGUGUAAAAACGUCCCCAUACCAGAGUCAAGUUGGGGACUUUGCAACACAAACCUUGAAGUUUUGGGAAGCACGCAUGACAAAUUGUAGGCUGUAGUGUAGUGCAGUUUAGCAAACAAAGCCGCAUAACAAAUCCAUCUCCAUAUCCUGUUUACAGCAUUACAAGUUCCAAAAUACAACGGGAAAUGCCUCUCAUCGGGAUGCGCAUUACAAACGCUCUUGUGCUUGCAGAUCUGCAUGACAACUCUGGGGUGGGGAUGUUUUUACACAGGAUAGGCGCGGUGCAACCGCUACGGCAUCGUCGUCGUCGGCCUGUGCGUCGUGAUAUGCAACGCAAAUACGUCUGGGUCUGGGUUUGUGAUGCAAGAGGUGAAGAGGAACAACAUCUGUGAUGCAUGAAUAGGAACGACUACGACCGCAACCGCUUUAUUCUCUUUCGCGGUGGGACCGGCGAGAGUUUGUCAUGCAAAGCACGGCAGAAUAGCAACAGCUCGCAAGAACAACACGCGAGUAGUUUGUGAUGCGUGUCUGUCGUGCAAGACACUGCUCUGUCAUGCAAGACUCGGCAAGGUAAAUCAUGUUUUUGCACUCAUCCUCCACCCACUACCAGACAUAUUUGCAUUUGAUACGUGAUUUGCGUGGUCCUCGCGGGUGCUUCCCAGUCUUCCUUGAUACGCCGCAUGGUAGUAUUUGUUUUUCUCUGAUUUGUCAUGCGAAUCACUGCAUUGGAGAAAGGAUUUGUGAUGCAGAAGUGGCAGUACCUAGUUUUUACGCAAAAAAAAAAAAUCAAAACAGCUCGGGGAAUCCCUGAUCGACCGCACCAAUCCGGGGACCGCUCGGAUCGUAUGAAAUCGCAAAAAACUUUGUGAGGGCAUAGAGUAGGAAUGUCAGCGUGACGGAAGUCUUUUCUCUUGCUGUUCUCUGCAUAAAGAAAUGGGUAAAAAGUGCUGCUAGAAGAGGAAUACGCGCGGCUGAAAUCUUGAGCCAAUUUUUCAUGCGGGCCCGUUGUGCAUGUGCUCUUCGGACACGCGCGCCUCGUCAAUGACAAAUUCAAACUAUGUUGAAAGGCGUGAAUGUGUAACCUAGCAAGCCUGAGGAAGAUGCCUGCGUGAGAAAGUGAUUUUUUUUGUCACCGGAGGUGGAGGGAGUAACACCACUACCACAGUGGUAGAUCUAGAUAAGUACAUACUAGUCCACCUAUGCCACUCUGUGUUUGCACUCGAUACGCCACGAAAAUGCCGGAAUUUCUGGAACCUAAGGCCAUGUACGAUUUCGAGGACAUAUGGAACUGAAAAACCACCUUCUGUUUUGCCACGUGAUUUGUCAUGCGAUGUUCAGCAUUGGUGCACAAUCAUGCUGACAUCACUACUAAUCUGUCAUGCGGACACAGCUCGUUGGCCACAAUGCAGACUGAUCAGAGUACUACUUAUUCAUUGUCUACUACUGUAGCAGCUCCGUAUGCAGAAAUACCAGCAUGGUCCUACAUGCAAGACAAAAAAUGCAUCAGAAGAGCGGCUUUUUUCAGCUUGAUAGAAGGGCGGCAAGGCUGCGUCCGCACCGGCGACGGACUUGACGGCGGCGACCACGCAGUACGGUAGGGAAGAAUUUGGGUCAAAAUAAGCUGUUGGAUUUGUCAUGCUGGAAAUAGCGCUGGAAUGCAAAUAGAUGCAAAUUUUUUCAAGAUAAUGGUGGAUGAGCCCCCUACAACUGGGUCUUGAACUUACUGGCCCUGGUCAGGAAAAUUAUGGGUGAUAGAAAUCUCCGAAAAAUGACAGAACAAUUACAGUAUCAUUUGUCUAGCUGCAGCGUAGAAGCUGCUUCUAGCUGGUACAAAAGGAAGAAAAAAUCCAACCGUUUUUUUGCGUCAAAUUUUUCCACACCAUACUCCGCCGGUUGAACAAGGAGCUGUUGCGGCUGCCGCCGGUCCGAUAUGGCGGGAAAGAUUUUGAUGUUUCACUGGUUCCUUAUGUGGCAUUGACAACACAUGUGUAACAUCCCUGAAUCUUACCUAAGUACCGGAAAUUUCUAUAGCUGUGUAAAGUACAACAAGAUGAACCUGCUCCAUCCGUGGUGGAGGUGUUGCGGGAACAAGAGGAAAAGCGAAAGCGUAUAUAAGAAAAACAAAAAAAACAGACAAAAUUUUCCUCUCCAUACAUUAUCGACGACUCCGCUGCCCAAACCGCGCAGACUGCCGGCGAGAGUUAUCAGGUUGAAAAAAUUGCUCCGGACUUACAACACACGACAGUUGUUGAGACUUCUUCUGCAUCGAUAAUGGAGUUACUCAUGCCAAUACCAGAAAUAUCUCUCCUGAAGAUAAGCCGUGGAAUGACCUCAUUCAUUCUGCAGAAAAUGAUGAUGUAGCCCUAUGUGCAGGCGCGGCACGUCGCAUGAGCAAGGCGACGCGUCUGUGCUUCUUUCCCGGUGGAGAAUGCAUGGCAAACUAGAAGGAAAAAAAUCUGAUGCUGUAUAGUCAAGGCAGUUUUCAACUCGAUAUAAGCGCUCCGACCGACAAUGCGGUGGAACUUACGGAAUGUGGAAAAUUUUUCUUCAUCUAUACUCGAAUUUGGCAUGCGUGGCUCCUUCUCCUUGCAUUGAAAUUGUGCAAUAAGUGAUUCAUUGCAUUGAGAUGAAAGCAGCCUGGUAGUGUUCCGGAUCUGAAGUUUGCUCCGUCGGGUACAUUUUGAGUUGUUACUGCGAGAUGAAAAUUUUCCAGUUCUAUACGCCAGCCGGCUGCAAACGACGGCGCGGGUGCGGUGCCGGGGAAGAUAUGAAUUUGGAAAAGCUGUACGUCGUGGGUUCCUUCUUCCUCUUUUGUGAACAUUGCUAUGAACAGUUGUGAUUCUGAUACGCCAGCUUCACGUGUUGGAAUGCGUGGCUUGUCCUCCGAGCCUCCUACGACAGAGAGGCAUAGAGGCGGAUUUACAACGUUGUUGAUGUCUGUCAUGUAGUCACCGUGAACAGCAUGACACAAGGCGUGUCGUACUCCUGUUUAGCAUGACAAAUCGAUGGGUACAAAGAGGAAAAGAUGGGGGAAUGAUUUCUGUGGCCGGUCUUUCCACUGCAUACUUCCCGGUGAACGCCGCGGACGGGUUUCUGGAAACUGCGGAGGGGGAAGCGGACAAAAAAGAAGCCGAAGCGAACGCCGUCGGCAAGGGCAAGGAAAGCGGCAAAGCCUCCGCCGCCCAACAAAGCGAAGCGCCACAACAAGGUGGAGGUAACAACGGGGCGAUGGUUAUGAUGAGGAACUCUUUGCUCUGCUUCGCAUGCUGGGACGCAUUGUUUAUGCCUGUUGAAAAUUGCCGACAGAGCGAUGUAGUUAAAUUAAAGAGGUGCGUCGAAUUUAUGUUGCGCCGGUGUAAGUUAAAAAGGCACAGCUUUGCUGCGCGCCAGUUCUUUUAGAUGUAGGGCAAGUAGAUGAAAAGUUCCUUGUUGAAGGAAAAGUGUCAAUAUCAUCAACGCAUGCGAGCAAGUAAGGAAGUGUUUCGUUCGAUCAUUCCUGCACUGCAGGGGGCCUUGAAGACCGGUCAACAAAUUGGGGGGGAAGUGCUUCGCCAAGUGGCUCAGAAAAAGGCCGACCAAUGGGCCGCGAACAAUCCGAACGCGGCCCUCAUGGGGGCAGUGGGUGCGCAAGGUACAUAUCUUGCUUUUCUUACGUUUCUAGGUCUAGCGCCGUCUUCGAUACAGUGUACGUGAAGACAAUUCCUCGCAUACCGUUAGGCUUUGCUUCUGCCCGAGAGGAAUAUUCCGGACUGAGAGCCCGGCAAAGUACUUAUGUGCCUAUCAUAGCGAUGUGCCUUCGCCAGGGAAGGAAAUCACUGCUUUCAUCAAGUCGUGACCUCUAUGUUUCAAGAAAAAAAAUAUACAGCUGCGAGCGAUUACCACGCCAACAAGAACAAGAAAGUGUCCUCCUUCACCGAAACCGUCCCCUCCACGACCAAGACGGCCGCGCCCCUUGCUGCUGCUCACGAGCAAGAACCCGCCGCGGUUGAUAUGGGAAAGACUACAGCUGUAGUGCUAAAACUUAUGCCCGCCCCCAUUGACUGGUCCUCGUGGAAGUCGUUGCAUCUUCGGUGUUUUCGCCGAUCCCGGCUUGAAACAGAAACGAUUUUUAUGCGAGCUUCAGGUCGAGAGCGGGUGAACGACGUACACGUCGUAGGUAUUGUUGUUCUCGUGUCACCUCCGCGGUGGUCGGAUGUAGAAGGCAAGGCAACAACGCAGGAAAGGAUCUUUUGCUGUCGUGAUCAAGACCGAGUCUUUGCAUGAAGAUAGAGAUAGUGCAGUAUGUGUGUAUUAAUUUUUCAUGUGUUGUUCGGUUUUUCAAUUUUAUCGCGCACACCUCAAAAAGCCAACGACAGCACGAACGGAAAUCAAUGGACUCCUGGCGGCAUUUGUGCGGUUUUUUCCUCUUGAUACCUCUGGACGACGUGACCGACAAAUCCGCUGACGGCGAGUUACGAGGAUUGAAACCUUUUCACCGGAUUUCCUGCUCUUUCCAAUUUUAGAUUCUGCGAUGUAGAAAAGCCGACUUCGUGGUCCCUUGGACUACCGGAACGCCGGUUUUACAUGUAAAAUCGUUGAGCCUAGUGUUGCCGGGCGGGCAAGGCGGUGUAUAAUUGGUCCUCGAUGAUGCGGCGUAUUUGUAUCAGCCGCAGGCGCAGUUGGAUAAAACCUGCUGAUGCCAUCAAAUCAAGGAAAAUUUCUCGCAGAUGCAUGGUGUGUCCUACGAUUCGAUGUGCUUGUCAGGAUCAUGACAUUGGCAACUGGUGUCCCUCACCCUUUCAAAUUUACAUGUCAAUCGUGUUUUUUGUGGAAAGCUGCAGUGCCAGGGAAAUGGUUUUGGUUCCAUAGCUGGUUGCGACGACCACGGGAGCGGCGGCCACGGCCAAGGACAACGCGUUUUUGGAAGAGAAGAUGAAGUUACUGGAAGAAAGCACUACUCGUCCUCCCUCUCAGCUUGUGCAGUGGUAAUAGGAGCAUAGAGAAAAUAAAAACAAGAAAAACAACCUCACAUUCUACUUUCGCAUUGGCGAUUCGUCGGUGCUGCUGGAUUCGUACUUUUGCGAAAGCAAUUUGUCGACUCGUGAAGUUAGGAAAAAUGUCUGUGCGUGAAAAGACGAAGACUCUGCAGGAAAGUAGCUUAUACAAAGUUUGUCUUCUGCAUCCAACGACGGUGGCUAGACCUGGAGUGUUUUUUGUCAAGUACAGUAGAGCUUGGUCCAUUUUUAAUUUGGCCUCGAUGGACGCAGCUGUUCGCGGCGGCUCCAGCUGUUAUAUCACGUGAUUUCUUCGUUUGCAUUGACCCGAGCCCGACGUCAGAGCUUUGUUUUUCAAUGUGAUAUCAUAAUACAACCACGCAAAGAGAAAGACCGAAUAGGGCACAGGCUCAGAGCGGAAUGUUUUAGGGGUCAUAUGAGCCAUUUCCAGCACUUGCGGCCAUUGGUGCAGUUGUCGGGCCCGCUCUCGUUGGUGCAGCUGCAGAACAUCUCGUCCCAAAGCUCACGGACCACAUUUUGGAUGCCUUCGACGGUGAUGACGAGGACAGUGAUGAAGCAGCGGAUGUUGACGGCCCCGUCACCCCAGAAGAACAGGCCCAGCGAGCUGCGAAGCGGGCUCGGAAGGAAGAACGAGCUGCGAAGGGUAUUGACGAAGCGGCCAAAAAAGCGGGGCAAAAAGACGACGGCAGAGGGCUUGCCGACCUGGAGGACUUUGAGGUGAAGGGACUCGCUGCAGACAUUGCAGUAGAAAUACAAAGGCAAGAUCCCGCCAAGAAGGAAGUGGACCCGGCCGCUAUCGAGAAAGAGGUCGAGGCUCGAAAACUUGCAGCUGAAAGAAAGCGGUUUGUCCGGGAAGAGGUCGACGCCGCGGAGAACGCGGGGGGAGAUGUGGAGCAUGCCGCGAAGGCUGCGAAGGAGAAGUUCGGUAUAGAGAGGUCUUUUUGUUAUCUUCAGCGCUGCUUGUGUCGCCCUGCGCUGGCCCGUUGUGCCGAUUCAGGAAAAUGUGUUCCCAAAACAACGAGGGAGGAGUUUCGUGAUGGCCCGAUCCCUUCGAAGUUUCACGGCUGA